AAGAAAUGCUUUCUGGCUCCUUUCUCUCUCUUGGUCUUGGCGGCGCGGCCGCAGUAACAGUAGAGGCGGCGGCAGCCACAGCAGUCCCGCCGGCGGGCUGAUGCUGCAGCCUGCUGGGGAGUGGGAAGUCAUACUCACAGGGGAGCUGGAGGGGCCAAGGUGCAGCUCGAAUGGGACAGGCCCCAGCCUCGGAGAGAUACAGCGCCCAACUUGGUGCCACCCUCCAGCUUCUCCGGCCUCGGGGGAUGGACGCAGCCACAGCUCCAAAGCAAGCCUGGCUUCCGUGGCCCCCACUCCUUUUCCUGCUCCUCCUACCUGGAGGGAGCAACAGUAGCUGCCCUGCUGUGUGUGACUGCACCUCCCAAACCCGGGCCGUACUCUGUGCCCACAGGCGACUGGAUGCUGUCCCUGGAGGGCUUCCACUGGACACAGAGCUCCUGGACCUGAGUAGAAACCGCCUGUGGGGGCUUCAGCGGGGCAUGCUCUCCCGACUGGGCCGGCUCCAAGAACUGGACCUCAGCUACAACCAGCUCUCUACCCUUGAGCCUGGGGCCUUCCAUGGCUUACAGAAUCUACUCACCCUGCGGCUCCAGGGCAACCGACUGAGAAUCGUGGGUCCUGGGAUCUUCUCAGGCCUAUCUGCUCUCACACUGCUGGACCUCCGCCUCAAUCAGAUUGUGCUCUUCCUAGAUGGAGCCUUUGGUGAGCUAGGCAGCCUCCAGCAACUGGAGGUUGGAGACAAUCACCUGGUGUUUGUGGCUCCUGGGGCCUUUGCAGGGCUGGCCAAGCUAAGUACCCUCACCCUGGAACGCUGCAACCUCAGCACAGUGCCGGGCCUAGCCCUUGCCCAGCUCCCAGCACUAGUGACUCUCAGACUCCGAGAACUGGAUAUUGAGAGGCUGCCAGCUGGGGCACUUCGAGGGCUAGGGCAGCUAAAGGAGCUGGAGAUCCACCACUGGCCAUCUCUGGAGGCCCUGGACCCAGGGAGCCUGCUUGGGCUCAAUCUGAGCACCCUGGCCAUCACCCGCUGCAAUCUGAGCUCAGUACCCUUCCAAGCACUACACCAUCUGAGCUUCCUCCGGGUCUUGGAUCUGUCUCAGAAUCCUAUCUCAGCCAUCCCAGCCAGAAGGCUCAGUCCCCUGGUCAGGCUCCAGGAGCUCAGAUUGUCAGGGGCCUGCCUCACCUCCAUCGCUGCGCAUGCCUUCCACGGCCUAACUGCCUUCCACUUGCUGGAUGUAGCGGACAACUCUCUUCAGACUCUAGAGGAAACAGCCUUUCCUUCUCCAGACAAACUGGUCACCCUGAGGCUGUCCGGUAACCCCCUAACCUGCGAUUGCCGGCUCCUCUGGCUGCUCCGCCUCCGGCGCCACCUGGACUUUGGCACCUCCCCCCCUGCGUGUGCUGGCCCCCAACACGUCCAAGGGAAAAGCCUAAGGGAGUUUUCAGACAUCCUCCCUCCAGGCCACUUCACUUGCAAACCAGCCCUGAUCAGAAAGUCAGGGCCUCGGUGGGUCAUUGCAGAGGAGGGAGGCUAUGCUGUCUUCUCCUGCUCUGGAGAUGGAGAUCCAGCCCCCACGGUCUCCUGGAUGAGGCCUCAGGGAGCUUGGCUGGGAAGAGCUGGGAGAGUAAGGGUCCUAGAGGAUGGUACACUGGAGAUUCGCUCGGUGCAGCUGCGGGACAGGGGAGCCUAUGUCUGUGUAGUCAGCAAUGUCGCUGGGAAUGACUCCCUGAGGACCUGGCUGGAAGUUAUCCAAGUCGAACCAUCCAAUGGCACGGUCUCUGACCCCAACAUCACCAUGCCAGGGAUCCCAGGGCCUUUCUUUCUGGACAGCAGGGGUGUGGUUAUGGUGCUGGCAGUGGGUUUUCUCCCCUUCCUCACCUCAGUGACCCUCUGCUUCGGUCUGAUUGCCCUUUGGAGCAAAGGCAAGGGCCGGGUCAAGCACCACAUGACUUUUGAUUUUGUGGCACCUCGGCCUUCUGGGGAUAAGAAUUCUGGGGGUAACCGGGUCACUGCCAAGUUAUUCUGA